AUGUCCGCAGGGACGUUUUCCGCGGGGGAUGCGUCUUGCGCGUUUCGCCCAGUGAUCAACCGGCGGAGUCGUCGCCUUGCAAGUGGCCUUCUGCCCUUGGAAGAGCGGCAGCAACACGACCUUGUGCGGCGAGAGCGUCAUCGGCAGCAGCUUCUGGCCAAGGUGGAGGAGGAGCGUCAGAGCAACGAGACAUUCACGCCGGUCACCAACCCGCGUGUGGGGCGGAGCCACACCGCUGUUGAUAGUCAUGAGAAGAGUCGGGCUGCACUCAUGCGCAAAGUGCACUCGGCGUCCGCGGAGGAGACAUUUCGUCCUGUAAUUAACGCCAAAAGCCAGCGCAUGGUCGCGGAGGGCGCAUGGCAGAGUUCGCACCAGCAGUCGCAGGAGGUUCGUCAGCGCGUACAGAAGUUGUGGCGCACCCAUGCCGGUGUGGGAAGUGGCGAAAUGACACUCGCUGGGGUGUACGCCACGCUGCAGGAGUUGGGGUUGCAAGCCCCCUCCGCCAUGGUCGACAAGUUCAUGUUGGCCCUUGGCUUGGAUGAAGCAGCCGGAGUGCGUUGCGUGGCCUAUGACCGCUUCGUGAAGGUCCUUACGACUGUACUCCGCGCCGCACUUCUUUCCUUUUCUGGAGAAGACAAUAGUGAUGGCGUCCGCGGCGCGGAUCGUGCUGCCGCGACCGCUGGCAGAGAGCAUCGUGGAGUGGAGACUGAACCUCCCAGCCCUCGCUGUGUUUCUUCACCGGGCUCAGUGCCCACGAUGCGCCGCGUCAUGCGUGCCGAACCUCCAGCUGAUGAAUGCAGGAAAACAGGGAUGGACGCAUCUCCCCUCAAGGCCUCUAAAGCAGCUGUGCCAAUCUUGCAGCGGCCCUCGCGGAGGACGGGCAGCUGCACCAACGCCGCUGCUCAUGGCGAGGAAAAUAGUUCCCCGUCCCCCACUGCACCGCCGUGUGGCGACUGCCCCCGCGUCUCUGCGCCGGGUGACCCGCGGGUGUCGGAGGAGUCCCCUGGACUGAGCCGUAGCCCUCACCCGCGCCUGCUCCAGCGGACACGGCAGAAGAAAACAGCGUAUGACCCACUGCAAGGAUGCACAUUUGCUCCAACGAUUAACAAGAGAAUUCGCGUGGCGUCAUUCAAAGUUCUAGCUGCACGCGAAGAACGGGGGAAAAAAGCAGCUGCAGAUGGAGAAGGAGCGCUGGUUCAGACUAAACGCAGCUCUAUCGACGCGGCGUAUAAGUCGAGGGAGAAGCAGGAGUUGGAGGAGUGUACAUUUGCCCCCAACACGGCCCGCUUUCACAAGGAGCGUGAUUCCCUGGCAUGGUGGGCGCGGGCGCCAGUUGAUGGUGUGGGCACGGAGUCCACAGCGGCCUCCACUUCGCCGUCUUCUCUCACGGCCGAAGACCCCUCCGUUAAAGGGAGUGCAUACGAGGGGGGCAGGGAAACACCAGGCCGAUGCGACAGGAGCAGUAGGAAUGUUUGUCGUCCUUCUCCCAGCCACCACAACGUUCCUAGUCGCCGUCGGCAACCGCAGGCCCCGGUUGAAGAUCCACCACAUGUGCCUAUUGCUAUAGGUUUUGACAAGGCUGUGCAGCGGAUGACAGAGGCAAGGAGAAACUAUCGACCCAAGUUUGAAGAAAUGCUGCGCUCCGCCGCUGAGGAGCCUCAGAAAACCAUGCGACCCACAGUUGCGGAGCCGUUUUUUCUGCAGGCAGAAGCGCGGCACUUGCAUAGGGAACAGAACAAACCGUUGUUGUACGUUGAUGUCGAUUUACCGAGCGGAAAAACAGGCCGCAUUGGCGUUCACCGAGGAGACGCAGCAGCAGACCUUGUAAGACGCUUUAGUGAUACAUAUGGUCUGAAUGAGGAGCUGCGGCAAAGAUUGGAAUUGUUGCUGACGGAAAAAAUGAGGGAAGUCUUACAGGAGCAUGGGCGCACACUAUGGCUUUGA